CGUUACUCAUCGCACUCGUGGUGCUUUAAGUGCCCUUAAAUUAGCGCUUGGCCACAAAGACGCGGAACGUGCUUUCGGAUCCAGCGCUCCUGCGCUGGCUGGGAAGAAGUUCCUAGCAAAGCAGUGUCUGUUCAGUUGCGAUUUGCCAGUCGGCGGCGUGGCUGAAGGGUGUUUUGCAUUCAAAGACCAUUAAAUGCUCCGAAGUGGAGGGUUAGAGGGGAGCAGUGCGCAUGUUCAGUACUCCAGAGUUGUGCUGUUUUCCCCCUACUAUGCAUUCCUGCGGCUCCGUAGUAAAGCAGGCUCUCAUUGUUAGUACCCUUGGAGCAAUUAAUGCAUAUGUAGUUCGUGAAAUCAUUGGGCUGCUACAGACAUGGUGUGUACUAAUAUGGUUUGUAGCCCUCGCCAGAAGUUUUUUUGGACAUGCCGCUCGGCUAAGAGGAGCGCACACAAAGGGAACUGAGCCACAAAGCGAAGUUUAAAGAGCGGGCAGGGUGGUGCUGAGGAGCGCAGCGUCCCGCGGGAGCAGAGUGGGGUUUGAUCCCAGGCACAGCCGGGGCUGCGCGCCCAGCUCAGCCCCCUGUGCCCAGAGACAGAGGCAGCGCUGGCUUUUAAAUGUUUCUUAGGUGUAGUUGCAAUAUCAGGCAGUGAAACGGAGGAUGAUGACACUAUGGAUGUCCCACUGGAUCUUUCCUCAUCUGCUGGCUCAGGCAAACGGCGGAGACGUGGCAACCUGCCCAAGGAAUCCGUGCAGAUUCUUCGGGACUGGCUCUAUGAACACCGAUACAAUGCUUAUCCUUCAGAGCAAGAAAAAGCGCUGUUAUCCCGACAAACACACCUUUCCACACUACAGGUCUGCAACUGGUUUAUCAAUGCACGCCGCAGGCUGUUACCUGACAUGCUGAGGAAGGAUGGCAAAGACCCAAAUCAGUUCACUAUCUCGCGGCGAGGGACCAAGCUUCCCGAGGGCGGCCUGGUGGAGUCUGCCAUCAGCACAAAGAACUACAUUCCCCUGCUGGAUGAGACUGCCUUCCUUCCCGCUGCCGCUCCGCUUGGCAAAACUGUGUCCUCUCCCAAGCCGGCUUCCCCGGGAUCGGUCCUGGCUCGGCCGUCGGUGAUUUGCCACACGACAGUGACUGCGUUGAAAGAUGCCCCUUUCCACUUUUGCCAGCCAGCUGAUGUAGGCCAGACCACGGACCUGCAGCAGCCCCCGGCUGGCGGCUUCACAGAUAGCCCCCUGUCCUGCCACGAGGACGCAUCCAAACUGGGACCUGGUGCAAACACACAGAGUGGGCUCUUUAACACUCCUCCUCCAACACCACCAGACCUUAACCAGGAUUUUAGUGGAUUUCAGCUUCUGGUGGAUGUUGCACUGAAAAGGGCGGCAGAGAUGGAGUUGCAGGCAAAACUUAUGGCCUAAAUCCCCUUCCUUCUCCUUCCCCGUUUUGUUUUACCAGGCAGGGAUCUAACAGCUGUGUGGUUAUUGCCACCCACACGAUAUCAAAAGACUUCACUGCGUUGUUAUUAUUUUUUUUUAUUAAUCUUAUUUGCACAAGGGGAUUGCUGAAAUGAAGCUUCCUGUCACUGAGAUGGUCUUCAGUGGAAUACGGUCAUUCCAAGAAUUAUGAACUUAAAGCUACUGUAGAAAGAAAGGAUUGUGUGUUUUGUUGGGAUUUUUUUUAAUGUUUUCUUUGUAGAUUUUUCAUAAUGUGAGAUGUUUCCCAAGAUCAUGUGAUUUGUUUUGUUUCUUUCAGACUGUGCAAUAUCUAGUAAUGAUAUAGAGUCUUCUUAUCAUUCCCAUGUGGAACGGAAUAUACCGACACGCUGUCUAAAUUUUCAAUUUUUUUAACAAUACAAACUUUGGAUGAUCAUGCUUUUUUCCCAUAAUAUAAUAAAAUAUUUUCUUUAAAA